AUGGACACCGUUCGAUAUUUACUUGAACUUCAAGUUCUUGAACUUGAAGUUAAAGAUGUCUUUGAUAUUUUAAUUUCUUUUGCUUUUGCUGAAGUCCAUCUUUCUAGGAAGAUCUUGUUUAAUGGAAUUUUUGAAAACAGCGUGUGGCGAGGCGUUUCAAUGGCAAGCAAUCUGCGAAGCGUUUUAUCGGGCAGCAAUUCGCUUGGCAUUUCAACGCGCUUUAACCUCUUUUUUCGUGAAUAG